UUGCGAAAUCCGAAACCAGCCGAGUCAUUCCGUGACUCAGCUUUACUGCUGGCUAUAAGAGCUGGUGGCUACAGCUGCUUUGCCACUUGCUGGAGAUAGGCUAAGCUUUCCAGGCUUUGGAUUUGAUUUGCUAGUGACAGCUACAGACUUUCUUGCUUCAAGCGAAGAGGACGAUGUCUCUGACCGUCAAAGUUUUUUUCUACGACGAUUUUCGUCGCGAUAACCCCGAGCCUUCGGAGGUUCGGCGAUUCAGUAUUGAUACAGACGUGAGUUCGAGCUACGCAUACCUCACGCAGAAGCUUGCGAGCGUCUUGACAGCUCGUGGCGUACAGGCCAACAAGGUGGCUACAUUCUGGCAAGAUGCCGAUGGCGACUUCGUUACUUUUUCAAGUGACGAGGAACUCGUUGAAGCUCUCGGAAGCAUGAAUGGAGAUAUAUUCAAGGUUCACGUUCACCGGGAUGAAUCUAAGUCUGCCUAUGACAGUCAGUGCGGUCAUCCUCAGCAGAGGCAGCAGCAACAGAGUGAUUGGUGGCGUCAACCUCAACAUCCGUGGGGUGGAUUUCAUGGCAAUGGUGGUUUGUUUUUUCAUCCACCAGGAUGUAAUCCACCUCGUUGGGGUCACUGCAUCUCUCGCCGAGAAGAGCGACGUCAACACCGUCGCCGUGAUUGUCAAGAACGGCAGUGUCAUACUAAGCGUGAUCACUCGGCUACAGGCGAAACAGAGAGCCAAUGUUGUAAGGAUACCCCUCGAAGGAAGGGUUAUCGUCAUCAGCUGAAGAAUCUUGGGAAGGCCGUAGCUGCUGCUUUGGAGCCUUUGGGUGUGCAAGUUGAUGUUGAAGUCAGUGGUGAAGAUACGAGUGUCAAGCAGAAAGAAGAUCCAUCAUAUGAAUCCGACAGUGAUCAAGAAGCUACCGUUCAGUCUGAUGAAACAGUGGAGACAACACAAGAGGAGAGUGAUGCUGCCUAUGCUGCUGCAGCUCAAGCCCAGGAGUUUCACGCUGCUGCCACAAAUGCUGUGGCUGCUGUCACCGGGGUUUCUUCGUCUCACCCUUACGAGCGUGUUUUAGCUCAGCUGAAGGAAAUGGGGUUUGAUGAUGAUGGAGGGUGGCUGACACAACUGCUUCAUGCAAAAGGUGGUGAUAUCGGUCGGGUCCUGGAUGCCAUCCAGCCACAGUCACGUAAGAAAUGAUGGUGGCUAUUUGACUACGACGGACUUCUUGCUCACAGGCUGUAGUGCAUAUGUUUGUGUGUUCGAUUGGACUGAUUGAAGGUGUCAUUGCUAAUGUUGCUGCUUCUGCUGUUUGUGAGUGGCCACUUACUGACUACUCAUUUGCAUUGCUGUUUUUGCUGGUGGUUGCUUACCAGCCACAUGCGUAUACAUGUUUUAUGUUGUAAUGGGAUGUGGUUAUAACAGCCUUGAGAUUGAAAUAUAUGUGUGUGGUACAAACAGUUAA